CUUACUUACUGAGCUACUCUUUCAGGCUAAUUGCCUCUCCACUCUGCUGCGCUUUUGAGCCUUCUAAGGUUUCAUCAAGCGUUACACUGGCGUUACUUUCCAAUAUGCCCCGUCGAAAAGGUGGUAAUUCCGCGCCUGCGAGCGCAAACAGCAAUGCCUCCCCAAGCAGCCCUAUCCAACCUCGCACAGCGCGGAAGAAAGCUGGGGAGUACUCGACCAAUCCCCAUUCAAAGCGGAAGCGUGAAAAGGCUAAGGAGCUGUCUGAGGAGCAGCUCCAACAAGAACGAGACCAAACAGCGACCCGUGCCUUUCUCUGCAGGUACCGGAAACAGUAUUUGAAGAACAACGCGUCGCGGCUAGCAACCUUAAAAGAGGGCACUGAAGAAUACAAUGCUGUAUUCGAGCGGAUAUGCAAGGAAGCAAGGAUCGCUGGACUUGAUCAACUCAUAACCAAAGGCGACCACUACGAGCAGAAGCGGGCGCGUCGCGACCCUACCUACAAGCCUCUUACUCGCGAGGAAAUUAUCGCCAAUGCUGAGCUAAAAGACAGUACGGGGCAUAAACGAUCUAGUACUAAUUCAACCUUUUGGGACAAAUUUGCAUCUGAAGUUCUGGCUCUGCGGGUGCUGAACGCAGAUCACGCUCGACGGGCAACCUGGCGUCAUAUCCAAUCUGUUUGGGGGUCCGCCUUGACUAGCGCUGCCCGGAUGUUCCGUGCAAUGCACCACCUUACCCCUAAGGAUUACGAUCUGUUCCUAAUGCGCCUGCCAAAGAAGAGGUGGCUAUCAAUUAUCCUCACGAUAGCUAGUAUGACUGGCCAAAAAUCUCGUAAAACCUCUUGGAAAUCCUUGUCUGCUGUUAAGAACCCUCUCCAAGUCAAGUAUUGGCAGGUGUUUAGCAACCGUUACAAACAUCUCAGGCCCUAUGUACUCUCUGUCGUGUAUCUUGCGAGGCUCGCCCGCGCUGAUGCUACUGUUUCGCCACCACUGCCAGCUCUCCCGUCCUGGGGUCCAAAACCUAUCCCAGUCCUUCCCUUCAAUAUCUUCUUCAACAGGAAUGAGCGUACUAUGAUUACCCUUAUCACUCUCUGCCAAGCGCAGCAAUUUGUUGAGGACCCAGAAAAGCAAAACUGCGACGCCGAGUAAAACUGAAUGGGUGACCGUCUACAAAGCUGAGGGGUUCUUUAAGGACGCAAGAAUCCAGACCGCAAAGCCAGGGAACGCUCAAUGGGACGUAACCGCGCUAUCUGGUGCUUCCUACUGCCCAGUUCUCCUCCCUCUCCCAGGCAUCUGGGGCCAGCUUCGCCAGAACAUUAUGACAU